UCCGGGCCCGGCCGACGGCAUGGGGCGCCUCCCAGGCCGCGCCGCCCCGCGCUCCGCCGCGCUCCUGCUGCUGGCGCUCGUGCUGUGCGCCCGGCAGGCGUGGGGCGCCGAGCUCACCUUCGAGCUUCCCGACAACGCCAAGCAGUGCUUCCACGAGGAGGUGGACCAGGGCGUGAAGCUCUCCCUGGACUACCAGGUCAUCACUGGAGGCCACUACGAUGUGGAUUGCUACGUGGAGGACCCUGCAGGGAACAUUCUCUACCGGGAGACCAAGAAACAGUACGACAGCUUCACAUACCGGACCGAGAUCAAGGGCGUUUAUCAGUUUUGCUUCAGUAAUGAGUUUUCCACCUUCUCCCACAAGACCGUCUACUUCGACUUUCAGGUGGGGGAUGAGCCCCCCAUUCUCCCAGACAUGGGGAGCAAGGUCACCGCGCUCACCCAGAUGGAGUCAGCGUGUGUCACCAUUCACGAGGCCCUGAAGACGGUUAUCGACUCCCAGACCCAUUACCGCCUGCGCGAGGCCCAGGACCGGGCCCGGGCUGAGGACCUGAACAGCCGCGUCUCUUACUGGUCAGUCGGCGAGACCAUUGCCCUGUUUGUGGUCAGCUUCAGUCAGGUCCUGCUGCUCAAAAGUUUCUUCACAGAAAAACGACCCAUCCACAAGGCAGUCCACUCGUAGCUGGCGGCUCUGUGCCAGAGCCCCUGUGCCCUGCAUCCUCCCACCGCCAGGGCUGGUGUGUGACCCAGAAGAGCACUGGCAGUCCACACACACGUCUGGCCCUUGCACCCCACUCGCCUUCAGGCAUCUGAUUACAUUAUGUCUGCAACAUCGACCACAAAGACAGCCGUAAGCUGGGGCUGGAACUCACACCUGUAAUCCCAGCCACUCAGCUGAGAUCUGAGGAUCAUGGUUCAAAGCCAGCCCCUGC